AGCGCAGUCGGCGGCCAUGUUGGGAUAGUUUGUUGUUUUCUUCCUGCGGAGGAGAAGGGGCCGGUGUGGACAACGAACCGCCCCGGCCUCUCCUCUCUCCUCCCCCUCCCACCCCGCCCCGGUCCUCGGGUCGUCCCUUCCCCACCUUUCACCCUCCCUCCGGCCCGGGAUCAGGCCUGUUCUCCCCGCCAGCUGGUUUGGUGGGGGUGAGGCCGAGAGCCGAGCUCGGGAGUCACCAUGGCGGCCGCCCUGGGUGCGGGCGGAGGAGCGGGAACCGGAGCCGGAGAUGAUGACUUUGAUCAGUUUGAUAAACCUGGUGCAGAACGGUCAUGGAGAAGAAGAACUGGGGAUGAUGACUGGGACAGUGAACUUGAAGAUGAUUUGCUUGGAGAAGAUUUGCUGUCUGGCAAAAAGAAUCAGUCAGAUUUGUCAGAUGAAGAACUGAAUGAUGAUCUUUUGCAGAGUGAUAAUGAAGAUGAACUAAAUUUCAGUUCUCAGGGUGUCACAAUUAGUCUUAAUACUACAUCUGGCAUGGUUACAUCAUUUGAACUCUCCGACAAUACUAAUGAUCAGUCUGUAGAACAUGAAUCGGAAUAUGAACAAGGAGAGGAUGAAAUGAUUUAUCACAAAUCUGAUGGAUCUGAGUUGUACCCACAAGACUAUACUGAAGAAGAACAGUAUGAAGGCCAUGAUGCUGAGUUGACAGAAGACCAAAUAGAAUAUGUGGAAGAACAAGGGGAGGAAGAAAUUGACAAUGAUGAAGUGCUAGACAUUGAAAUCAAUGAACCUCUAGAUGAAUUUCCAGAUGAAGAAUACAUGCAGUCUUAUGGUGGGCCGCAAGGAAUGCAAGAGCAAGACUAUGUGGCUGAAGAUGAAUUAGAGGAGAUGGCUGAUACCCAAGCCGCUCCUGAAUCUGAAGAGGGAGCUAUUGAAACUCUGGAACUCCAAAAGGAAAUUAAAGAGGAAUCUGAUGAAGAGGAGGAAGAUGAUGAAGAAUCUGGACGACAGCGUUUCAAAACUGAACGGAAAGAAGGAACAGUUAUUAGACUCUCAGAUGUACCUAGAGAGAGAAGAAACAUUCCAGAAACUUUAGAACUUUCAGCUGAAGCUAAAGCUGCAUUGCUUGAAUUUGAAGAAAGGGAACGGCAACAUAAACAGGGACGAUAUGGUUCCAGGCGAGGAGGAAGAAGAGGAGGUUCUUUAAUGUGUCGUGGAAUGGGAGAGCAGAGAAGAGAUAACAGUGAAAGAGGAAGAAUAAAAGAUCACAGACCUGGUCUUCUACCUACACAGCCUCCUGUAGUGACUCACUCACCGAGGUUAAUUCCACCACCUCAGCCACAGCCACAGCCACAACCACAACCUCCACCUCCACCACCUCCGCCACCACCUCCUCAACAGCAACCUAUUAGAAGUCUAUUCCAGCAGCAACAGCUACAGCCUCUGCUUCCCUUACAGCAUCCACAUCAUCCUUCUCCUCCUCAAGGAAUGCAUAUGCCACCCCAAAUGGAAACACCUAGGAUAAUGAUGACCCCACCACCAGUGACCCCUCAACAACCGAAGAACAUACAUAUAAAUCCACAUUUCAAAGGAACAGUAGUAACCCCAGUGCAAGUGCCGUUGUUACCAGUACCCAGCCAGCCCAGACCUGCUGUAGGACCCCAGAGAUUCCCAGUUCCUCCAGAAUUUCCACAACAUACUCCUGGGCCUGUUCCUACGAGUUUUAGCCAGCCCCCACGGCUUCCUCUCCAGGACCAAUGGAGAGCCCCACCACCUCCUCAGGACAGAGACCAUUUCUUCUUAGGAGUUUCAGGAGAACCAAGGUUCCCGAGCCAUCCUUUGUUUGAGCAACGAAGUCCCCCUCCACCACCACCACCUCCCACGAUUCUUAAUAGCAGUCAUCCUGUUCCUACCCAGAAUCCCUUGCCUUUUACUCAGCCUGGACCAGCAUUUAAUCAACAGGGACAGCAACCAGUAUUUCCCAGAGAAAGGCCUGUAAGACCAAACAUUCAACCUCCAGGUCCAGUGGGGAUUCUUCACUUCAACCAACCAGGCUCCGCAAAUACACGGCCUUUCAUUCCUCCUAGACAACCAUUUUUACCUGGCCCAGGACAGCCAUUUCUUCCAACACACACACAGCCUAACAUGCAGGGACCCUUGCAUCCGCCAUUACCACCACCACAUCAACCCCAGCCUCAGCCUCAACAGCAGCAGCAGCCCCAACAUCAACAACAACAGCCCCAGCAUCAACCACAACAUCAUCAGCAUCAGCCCCAACACCAGCCCCCGCUUCAGCCCCAACACCAACCUCCUCACCAACCUCCACAUCAGCCUCCACCCCAGCAUCAGCCUCCACACCAGCCCCAACAUCAACCCCAGCACCAACCUCAGCACCAACCACCACACCAGCCUCAGCACCAACCUCAGCAGCAUCAGCCUCAGCAUCAGCAUCACCACCACCUUUCUGUCCCACCACCACCUCUGAUGCCCAUGUCUCAGCCACCAUUUAGGCCUCACAUGCAGACUUCUCAGCCCCAGCAAAAUAACAAUAGAAUGCAGUGCCCUCAGCGACAGGGUCCAAGACAUAGUGCAGCUUCACAGAAUGUUGUCAAGCGGCCAAUUCAGCAAAUGCAGCCAACUGCUCCAAGAAAUAGCAAUUUGCGUGAAUUACCAAUAGCACCAUCCCAUGUUAUAGAAAUGAGUAACAACCGUUGCUCUACUACACCUGCAGCACAAGUGAAACCAAUUACAAGCACCCCACCCCCUUCAAGAUCUGUUGUAGGUGUCAGAACCCCACAGGGAAAGACUGAAAUGAAAGUUAAACCAGUCAGUCCCGUGGUUCAAGCUAAAGUAGAAGUAAAAACAGAACCAGAGUUCCCUGAUGAAGAUGAAGAAACCAGGUUGUAUCGUUUAAAGAUAGAAGAACAGAAACGUUUAAGAGAAGAAAUCUUGAAACAAAAGGAACUAAGACGGCAGCAGCAGGCUGGUGCUAGAAAGAGGGAAUUACUUGAAAGACUUGCACAACAGCAACAGCAGCCUUAUACCCCACAGCCCCCAGUACAGCAGGAGGAGCAGCCGUCACUCUCGCCCACCAAUGGGAGUCCCUUGCUCCCUUAUCCUGGUGCACAAGUUAGGCAAAAUGUAAAAAACAGACUUCUUGUAAAAAAGCAAGACAUCACUAUUACAAAUGUUCAGCCCAAAACUUCAAAUUUUGUACAAGCUGGUGCUAAUUUGCAAUACCAAGGACAACCAAUGAAACCAAUGAAACAGUUGAGACAGAAUAGAACAGUACCUCAAACUCCGGCCCAGCCAUCUCACAAAGUACUUCAAACAAAGCCUCCUGACAUGGACGAAUUGCCAGCCCCAGUACAGACUACUAGAGUGGCAUCGAUACAAGGCCAGCCCCAGGAAAUGAAACCUGGAAUGAAAAGGACUGUCAUGCAGCGGGCGAACAGUGGUAGUGGAGAUGGGCCACAUGUCAGCUCCAAAGUCAGGGUGAUUAAGUUGUCAGGAGGGCAGGGGGGAGAGAAUGUUGGCUUUUUUCACCCAGAGGGUCAGCCCCAACGACUUCCUCAAUCUCCAGAACUAAGACAGCAUCCUGUUCGCAAAGUCACACUGACAAAGGGAACAACACUUCAUCAACAACAGCAAUCUCCAGUUGCAGCUCACAUACACUCAACUGUUCCUCCAGGAGUUAAAAACAUCCAAGGAAUUCACCCAGCAAAGAAGGUCAUUAUGCAUGGGAGAGGCAGAGGAGUUGCAGGCCAGAUGGGCCGGGGACGCUUGAUGCCAAAUAAACAGAACCUGCGCGUGGUGGAGUGCAAACCUCAGCCUUGUAUUGUGUCAGUUGAAGGGCUUUCUUCAUCAACUACUGAUGUCCAACUGAAAAACCUGCUGAUGUCAGUAGGACCCAUUCAGCACCUGUAUUUGGAAUCCAAAAGACAGAACCUAGUGAAAGUUUACAGAUGCUUCCCCAGCAACGGAAAGCCAUCGCGAAGUUUAAGGAGCCAGCCCACGCUUUAGCAUUUCAACAGAAGUUCCACAGGUAGCCAUCGUAUUCUUAAGUGGAGCCUCUGAAGUUACUAUGGCUUAAGGGUGGGAGGGAACACCUCGUACCCUUAUGUGAUCUGCUCUGUAUCCAUUGCCUUGCUUUGCACAAUAGAUGUGUUCUUGUAAAGCUGUGUAUCAAUUUGAGUUUUUGUUUUUUCAUUUGUUUUGGGGGAGGCAGGGGCCAAUGAGUUGUUCACCGAAUCAUCCUUUCUUAAAUGCAGAGGAUCAGGGGCAAGGCGCCCAUUAUUUUAAAACAAAAACAAACAAAAACCAAAACCAGUCAGUGAAACUUUUGUAUGAACUUUUGGAAUCUGUUUUGUAAAAUGGAAAUGCACUUCUUGAUCUGUUUUUUUUUUUUUUUUUUUUGUACAUUUGGAUUUUUGUUUUGUUUUGGUUUUGUAUCUCAAGUUUUCUUAACACAGGGCCCACCAUUAAAAUAUUGCUUUCUUUGGCCUCCGUGACUUUACUGGUGAUACUCAGAGUUGACUGAUUAUUGACCAUUUCUUUAACCUUCCACAGGCAUAUGAUAGAUUUGUCCCACAUAAAUGUGGCACUGAUUGUUGAAUGAUUUCCACUAAGAAUAACCGACCCUUAUGCUAUAGAAACUACUGUGGAAUUUUCCCAAGGAGAGGCGAUGGGAGCAGAGUCACAUCAGGAGCCAAGAACUUGGCAGUCUACAAUCUUGCUUAACUGUGGUCUGGAGCUGCCAAAAGCGCAAUGGAUGCCAAGAAAAACUGAACUUAGAGGACCCAGAAGCAAAUAGGAGUUUGGUGUCCACUUGCUCCCUGUACUGUUGUAGCCACAAGGAACUAUAGUUUUGGUUUUUUGUUUUGUUUCUGUUUUGUUUUUCUUUUUUUUUCAAGUGCUUAUGAUGCAUGUAGACUUUGUUCUUCAAAAUCUGACUGUGUGAUCACAGUGACUUGGAUUGAGGAAAGAACAUUAACAUGUCCCCCAUCCUCAAGAUUUUUUUUUUUUACUAGUAAAGAAUAUUUGAUAAUGGUUGCUCUUAUCUUCAGGAUAGGCUAGAAAAUUAUUUCCUUUUACACACAUUCAUAUCUUCUUAGAAAGACCUCAGAAGUUGUAUGUUAAACACAGAUCAAAAAUUUGGGGGAUAAGUCUGAUAUUUGUUUAGCCUAAAGGGCUUGGAGAUAAGAGGUAUUGGGUUGGGAGUUGUACCAGUUGAAGAGGCAGGUUCUUGUUCUUAUUCUUGUAAAUAAGCGAAAGUCCAGCCUCACAUUUUCUUGGUUCCUAGCUGAAAUAUCCCCUCCCCUCAGUUCUCAAUCCCAGAAUUAAAUAGGUAUAACUGUGAUUUUUCUCAUUGGCUUAUCAUUUUAAAACUUCACUUGCAAAUCCCUAAAUUGGUUCCCUACUAGUAUGAGCCACUUCUUUUCUAAGAUGGAACACAUUGGGGUAAUAACACUGGCCAUCACUGUUCUGAUUAUCAUCAAGUCUUUUUGGGAAGGCCUUGGUGUGCACCACCAUUUGAUAGAUUUAGCAGCAAAGAUAACUUUAAUGUGAAGUGUAAUUCCACACAAAGAGAUGAAUCUCUAAUUGUUGUGGAAGCAUAACCAACACAACACAAACUGUGAAUCCCCCACUCGGAUUGCUUUUAGUGAGUAUUUUGGCCUGUUUUCUUUUGAUAAGAACCUUAUUCUUUCCAGAGGAGCAAGCUAUAUGUUGAUUCUGGGCAAACUUUAGUGCCUUAGUUCCAUCUUUCCUCCCAUAUUUUGUGAAGGAUCUUUAUCAUUUGGGAUUGAUAUUGCAAUGGAGAUCUAAACUUAGACCAACAUCCUUGGACUUUUGAUUUAGUUUUUGUACUGAAAGCUCCCUGAUCAUGGUAAUAAGCCUAUCACAUGAGAGAAGUGGAAAAUAACUCAAUGUACUUUGAUACAUUCACUAGAUAUCUGGCAAAAGGGUCAGACUGUGGAAUUCCCCACACAUGAGUGGUCCUUUAUGCCUCAUAUUCUUUCUUAGAGGAGACAGAAUUCACACAGCCUUUGUCAUCUGUUUUCUCACAGCGUAGAUUUUGUAUUAUUUUUCAAAUUAAGUUAUUAAAAAAAAUUUUUUUAAGGUUAUAUAUCCUGGAAUUAUGACAUUUCAGACCUUGUUAAGUCUUUCAAUAAAGUUGAUUCUGAAAGAACAUCAUGUUACGAUGUUAGAGACUAGAAAGUAGUCUUAAGUAUUGUUUUUUUGAUGACUUCUUGUCCCAAAAUUUGCAUCUCAGCAUAGGGACUUACUAACCGAGACGGAUAAUAUCUCCAUCAAAAGGGAAAUUAAUAGAUAGCUCUCUGUUUCCACAACCAUUAUGGGUCCAUUUGGUUUAAUUGGACGCCUCCACUCCCAAAUCCUGGCAGUGGCAAGGUUCAUUACAGGACAGGAAGCUUGCUGCUUUCACUAUACCUUUCCAUAUGAAAGACCAUGCACAUGGCUUUGCUCUACCUGAGAGAGAUUAUCACUUCCUAUCUCCGGUGUACCUUUCGUGAGAAUGGAUGCUCACACUGACAUUAAAGAGAGCCCUACCACAUUAUUCUUGUGUCCAGAGGGCUGCAUUAAAAGGAGCGUAAUGAUAGCAGGCAUAGCAGGCACACUUUAGGUAGGAGCCACCUGAAAGUUUUCAAUUCACUGACCGUAGGUAAUAGAUUGGCGUAUAACUUAGUGAGCUUUAUUUUAAUGGGAACUUGAAGCAGAACUUUGGAGGACCCUGGUGAUCCCCCAGAGACAGUUUGAUUAGUUUUAAUGUCUCUUGAAAGUUGAAGAUUUUUUUUUCUUUUUCCAGUUUAGCAAAUAAUCUGGACACUGUCUAGUAAGUAGCUUAUAAGUGGAUUAUAAGUCACCAUUGAAAAUAACUUAAUAGGAAAUGCACCACAGAUUUUGUAGUUGUUUUCAAGUCCAUUUUUUGUAUUAUCUGGGUAUUUUAGGUGAGAACUAUCUUGUAUGUGCCGGUGAUAUGCACACAGCCAUAAACAGGCUAUUCCUAAACAAGGUGUUCCUCCUCCCUGCCCCCCCAAAUAAUAUAAUUGAUAGAAUAAAUAUGGAUUUUUAUUGAGAUAUUUGUUAGAAUCACUACCUAGCCAGUGCAGAUGAAUUCUCCUGGUAUAAAGCAACUUGAGCAGCAGAAUCAAGGUUCAAUUCCUGGUUGUGAUUUCUCUCAUAAAGGAAAAGUAGAAGGGAUGCCGAAUUAGCAAAGGAUGUCAGUUUCCAUUCUUGGAGCCCAUCUAGCAGUUGAAAUCAGCUCCCCAAACUUAACCCUCUUGGAAGAUCUGUGGCAACCAUUAUCUUUGUUCUUUCUUAAUCAUGCAUUUAAAGGGAGAUGCAGAUUGCAAGUCGUUGCAUCUAACUGUACUCUGUAAAUAUGGACCUUUUAAAAUUAAAAUGUUAUUCAAGAUGGAUAUUAUUCAGCAACCUCUUAGCUAUUUGUUAGUUUUUGUGUUGUCAUAUCAAAGUUGAAUGGAUACCGUUCCAUAAAUGUGGAUGUGUUUUUUGUGUGUAUCUUCGAUUUUUAUAAAGAUGGUAGUAAGUCAAUAC